GCGACACAGAGCUCUCAGAUUGGCUGUGAAUUAAUUAAAACAAUUACAUAGAUUAAUUAGCAUAUAAAAGAACCAAUCAUUUUCAUUUAAAUCACUUUUUAUUGCGCACAAUGGAUAAUGGAAACAUCUGUCAAAUGGAAAUUAGUAACAUUCCCUUAUGGACUAACCAAUGAUCCAUCUUUUGCUGCAAAGGGGACGCACAAUCUUCCGUCAGUGGAAGCUGUUCCUGAGGAUGCUUUGAACUUCAAGGAUUUCUUCCAAUAUCAGAAAACAAUUACUCUUGGAUUCAUCUUUGCGCAUUGCGUAAUUGGCAGGGAAAUGCGCUUGUUCGCUAAACAUAAUGUUGGGACCAAUCUCUACUGGAAGGCGUUUAUCGCACCGUGUAUGUUGUGAGCACAGCAGAAGCAAGGAUGAGAAGGUUUAGCAUGGUUUGGAAAGGUCAACAUCAAAUGUUGGUGGCGCUCUGCUGGCUGCUGUUGGUUGUGACGAGGAGCGGAGCAGGUGAGGACGUUUCCAGAUGUGUGGACCAUGCCUGCAGUCCACCCAUUGGAAACCUGGCGAGUGGCAGGACCCUCCUCACCCACUCAAGCUGCUGUGAGAACAGCUCCUCCCACCACGGCCCUUGCCCCCAUCCUCCUGUGACUCCCCACCCCUGCCUCAAGGACACCCACCCAUCUGCUCACAUGACCGAUGACCCGUUCUUGCAUCCAGAUACCUGGUGGGCAUCAGGUGCAGGGUCCACCACACAGGAGCAGCAGGAUGAGAUCCGGUUGGACCUGGAAACACAGUUCUGUCUGUCCCACGUUGUUUUGGUGUUCAGGUCACCGCGGCCUGCUGCCAUGGUCAUCGAGCGCUCAGCUGACUUUGGAAAGACGUGGGAAACUCUUAAGCUCUUUGCACACAAUUGCAGUGCGGAGUUUGGUUUGCCUGAUGAUUUUACUCAGCCAGGCUCGUUGUGUACAUCUCGGUAUACCAGUGCUACACCCUGCAGAGGGGGGGAGGUCAUAUUACGGACACUAGACCCCAACAGUGCUAAAGCACUGGAUGCUUACAGUCCAGAGGCCCUCGCCCGCCUCACCCUCACUAACCUCCGCAUCAGACUGCUAAAACCUCAGAGCUGUCCGGCACCUCCAAAUCCCCCUGCAGAAUGGACAAGCCACACAGCCUCAGCUCUGACUUCCUUAUCCACCGCAGAAAGCCCAGACUCAGCACCUUAUGCUAUUUAUACUUUACUAGCCAGAGGGACGUGCCUGUGCCAUGGACAUGCUGAGUAUUGUGUACCACACAACAACAGCCAAGACACUAGACAGGACAGCAACAUGGUGUCCGGUAGGUGCCUGUGUACUCACCACACAGUGGGGGAUCACUGUGAGAAGUGUGCUCUGCUCUACAAUGAUCGUCCCUGGAGGCCUGCCAACAGCAGCAGCGGGGAGUCCAACCCGUGCCAGAAGUGCCAGUGCCACGGUCACGCAGAUAGCUGUCACUUCUCUCAGCGGGCAUGGCUUUCUUCCGGCGGUACCAGUGGGGGCGUUUGUGAUGACUGCAGACACAACACUGUCGGGCGCAGGUGCCAGCGCUGUCGCCACGGCUACCACCGCCACCCAUCCCUGCCACUCAACUCCCCCCAUGCCUGCACACGCUGCUGGUGUGAUCCACAGGGCUCUUUGCCUCCUCGUGCUGGAGAGGAGGGACACUGGUGCCAUCCUAGAAGCGGGCAGUGCCACUGCAAACCUGGUGUGGGCGGCACAAGCUGCAGCCACUGCCUGCCUGGUUAUUGGGGUUUUGGAGAGGAGGGCUGUAAACCCUGUGUCUGCCCUCACAGCUGUGAUCCAACCACUGGGCAGUGUCUAAGCAGCUACUCACAUAAUCAAGUGUUCAAUGUGCCCAUUGGUGGAAAAAUCCCUGAUCUGGAUCACAUGUUCACAAUAGAAGAAGAUGUACAGUGGUCGAAGGAGCUUGCAGUCUCUGCUCUGCAUUACACAGGAAAGUGUAGCUGUAAGGAGAGAAAGCUGAGAAGUGCGUCUGACCUCUGUAAGACCAAACAUGAUUAUGUGAUCAAAGCCAGUGUGCUGUCUGCUCAUGACAAAGGCAGUCAUGCGGAAGUGCAGGUCAAAGUUCGCAAGGUUCUUCAAUCAGGCCAAGUGGCGCUCUCCUUGGGGACCAUCAGCAUCUAUCCUCUGUCCUGGACCAGCCGUGGCUGCACCUGUCCUAUCCUUAACCCAGGUAUGGAGUACCUGCUGGCAGGCCCAGAGGAGGCCAGGACAGGCCGUCUGCUGGUUACCAUGCAGAGUGUGGUGGUCCCAUGGACACCCCGACUUGGUCUUCUUGUAUCAGAGGGCCUGAGGAAUGGAUGUCCAUGAACCAUAUGAUCCAAGGAAAGGCAGGGCAGACUUAAGAGGAUUUCACAAGGCAGUUUGAGUCAGUGGACAAUUCAGAAAGGGGACUGAAAAAUCACCGGACAACAUGCCCUGUCACCAGGAAGAAAUAAUCCACAAGUCAAACUCAUGAUCAGUCUGGGUCACAAUA